AUGACGGAUACGCCGUCUGCUCUCAGUGCGCGGGCGUCGGCGCGGCUCAGCGGUGCGAGACGCCCGCGCACGUCGCUGGUUGAGUUUUGCGUACAGGAUAUCAUGGAGUCGCUUAGCGUGGGCGAGGAUUACCUGAUAUUAGGCAUUGAUGAGGCAGGCCGAGGUCCCGUCAUUGGCCCCAUGGUAUACACCGGCGCCGUCAUUUCGCUCGGUGAGCACGACGACCUUGUGCGGCUGUGUCACGUGGCGGACAGUAAGAUACUCGAUGAGCGACACCGGCUCGCCUCCCUGCAGCAGCUGCGCCAACUCAAGACGUUCCGCUCCUUCACUGUGUGCGUCUCUCCCGAAGAAAUCUCGAGCACUAUGACAGGUCGCAGCGGCCGCAACUUGAAUACGCUGAGCCAUGAGACGGCUGUCCACAUUAUCUCCGAGGCAACGCUGGCCUCCGCCGGCAAGCUCUGUGCAGCGUACGUAGACACUGUCGGUCCGCCCGAUACGUAUCAGGCACGUCUGGCUGGCCGCUUUCCCCACCUACGCGUGACCGUUGCAAAGAAGGCCGACUCCAAGUUUCCAAUUGUAUCCGCGGCGUCUAUCGUUGCCAAGACGACGCGAGACACUGCGAUCCAGGAGCUUGGCGAGAACAUAGGCAGCGGGUACCCCAGUGACCCCCGCGCGAUAGCCUGGCUGCGGUCGCAUGUACAUCGCUUUUUCGUUUUUCGACACGUCUACGGCUAUGUCCGGCACUCGUGGGGACCUGUCGUGCAGCUCGCGAACGACCCGGCGGUUUGCGUGCCGGUUGUGUUUGAACAGGAUCUGGAUGAGGAGGCGGCGAGGCGGCUCGAGCGCGGCGGCGAUGGACGGCAGCAGAAGCUCAGCUUUGCAAAGCCUCCACCGAAGCGGCACAUGGUGUACACUCACUUGCUGAAACUGAAGUAUCCAACCAGCUUGGUGGAGUAG